GGAUAUACCGCGGAAGAUCAAUGAAUAAAGCUCGUGCGACCUCGUGCAAAGCUGCAGUAAAGAGAGGCGACAGUGCGCGGCACGCUAAAGAAACAAGACUGUCUCUUCUUGCGGGUAAAGGAAAGGAACAGCAAGAUGAAUGAACAAACCAAAACUCAACGGCAAUCUCUUUUAAUUACCCACCACCAUUGUAUGCACUUCUUAUUCUUAUCUUGAAGUUGAUGCUGUGUCGUGGAAGGGUAGUACUACAAAUAGCAACUCCUCACUUUCUUCCUUCAACACGACGAUCAUUCAUCCUGGCAUUACAAAGAAAUACCCUUUCAUCGGCCUUACGAGGUCGAUUUCAAAGCAAUUCAAUCUUGACGAAUACACGAAAGAAUAAUUCAAUUCAUACUUCUUCCCUACAACAUAUACCAAACAAGAUGGGCGCAAUCGCAACAGGCAAAGUGGACACUACAGAUCGAGUGGCCAAGCUACGACAACUUCUGAAAGAAAAUAAUGUGACAGCAUACGUUGUACCAUCAGAAGAUGCACAUGCUAGUGAAUACCCAGCAGAAUCUGAUCUAAGACGGGCUUACAUUACAGGAUUCACAGGAUCAGCAGGAUGCGCGGUUAUUGAUGAAAAGAAUGCAUCUUUAUUCACAGAUGGAAGAUAUUUCUUACAAGCAGGUCAACAAUUAGAACCAAAAGUUUGGAAAUUGAUGAAACAAGGUGAACCAAAUGUUCCAACUUGGCAAGAAUUUUUGGUAAAAGAUUUACCUGCAGGAUCAAAGAUUGGAAUUGAUCCUUCUUUGAUCAGCGUUGAUGAUGCAAAAACGAUUUCUUUUGAAUUGCAAAAAGUUGGAUCAACUCUCGUUCCUAUCGAAUCGGGAAAUUUGGUCGAUCAAGUUUGGGGAAGCGAGAGGCCACAAAGACCACAAAAGCCAGUCUUUGUCUUGGACGAGAAAUACUCUGGACGAUCAGCAAAUGAUAAGAUCAAGGAGCUGCGUGCAGAGCUCAAGAAGAAGGGAGAUAACGUCAAGGGUGUCGUCGCAAACAUGUUGGACGAGGUUGCUUGGCUAUUGAACUUGCGAGGCUCUGAUGUGCCUUAUAACCCAGUCUUCUUUGCUUUUGCAUUGGUCUUGUUGGAAAAGACUAUCCUUUAUGUGAACGAAAGCCAAUUGGAAGAGUCAGCAAAGAAGUACAUCGGCAAAGAUGUUGAAUUGCGCCCGUACGAGAGCUUCUAUGAUGAUCUAAGGCAGCUUGGUAGUGGUUUAAAGGAAGACGAAAAGAUCUUUUUGAGCAAGCGUGCAUCUCUGGCCGUUCAAGAGGCUCUUGGUGGUGCAUCAAAAGUCUCUGUUGACCGUUCGAUUAUCAUUGAUCAAAAGAGUAUCAAGAAUGAAACAGAGAUUCAAGGAUUCCGUGAUAGCCACAUUCGUGAUGGAGCUGCACUAGCAAGUUAUUUUGCAUGGCUAGAAGAGCAAUUGCAACAAGGCAAAAAGGUCAGCGAAUACGCUGGAUCAGAAGAAUUGGAAAAGUUCCGUGCUCGUGAUAAGGAAUUCAGAGGACCUAGUUUCACCACAAUUUCUUCUACAGGUGCGAAUGGAGCCAUUAUUCACUACUCUCCCGAUCCAAAUGGAUGCCCAAACAUUGACCCUUCGCUGAUGUACUUGUGUGAUUCUGGAGCACAAUUUACAGAUGGAACAACGGAUGUCACGCGUACGUGGCACUUCCAGAAGCCUGAUGCAGAGCAGAUUCGUGCAUUCACACGGGUGCUACAAGGACACAUUGCUAUCGAUCGUGCAGUAUUUGCAGCUGGAACGACCGGUUAUCAAUUGGACGUCCUAGCCCGUCGUCCAUUAUGGGGUGAAGGAUGGGAUUUCCGUCACGGUGUUGGACACGGAGUGGGUCACUUCUUGAACGUUCACGAGCCACCACAAGGUAUUUCAACGCGUGCUGUGCACAAUGAGACUUCUUUGAAAGACGGAAUGGUGAUCUCGAACGAGCCUGGAUACUACAAAGACGGAUCUUGGGGUAUCCGAAUUGAGAAUUUGGUUGUUGUACGCAAAGCAAAGACGCCAAAUUCGUUUGGAUCAAAGGGAUACUUGUGUUUUGAGCGUUUGACGUUUUGCCCUAUUCAAGUUAGCCUGAUCGAUGCAUCCUUAUUGGAUGAAGCGGAGAAGAAAUGGAUCAACGAGUACCAUGACGAGACAUUGGCAAAAGUUGGACCGAUUUUGAAAGAAUUGGGCGAUGAAAGAGGAUAUGCGUGGUUGAAGAAAGAAUGUUCAGCACGCGUAUGAGUGCGGAAAUCAAAUGGAUAAAACGGAUUUGUGUGCGUUAGAGAGAGAGUAUUGUAGAUAUAAGAUGUUUUUCCUCCCUCUUUUCCUUCCCCUUUCCUUUUCCCCCCGCUAAAAGAGUUUGCUGUUUGAAUUAUCCACUUACAGUCAACGGGACAAUGCGGGAAGAUACAUAUGUACAAACUUUUAUUAUCGAUGAGCAUAACUAUCCACGUUGAUGACGAUGUACAUUUUGUGUAUAUCAAUCGUCAAUGAGGCUGAAACCAUCGGGACAUUCCUUUUUCAAUACCUUUUCUAUAAAAUUCUUAUGCAUUAAUACAUCAUCGUGA